AUGGCGUACCUUUCGGGCAGCACCAAAAAGGUGUCCGUUUACGGUCGAAAGGCAGAAGUCAGGGUUGUCAACCGUCAAAGCUCCUUCACCUCGCUCGAGAACGAUGAGAACGACCCUUUUGGCUUCUUCAAGCCGCAGGCCAAACCAAAGGCAACCUACGGGAAAUCUAGGGCUUCCAUGCUCCCCCCCAAGCCAUGCCCGAAGAGUGCCGAAUCAGACGACGAUGACAGCAUCGAUGUUCUAGACCAUAGUCAAGCUUACGAUACUGCCAACUCGAGCUUGUCCUUUCAUUCAGCUUGUAAUUCUGGAUCCUCUUCGCCCGCGGAGAAGCCUCAGCAUCGCCAGAUGAGCGCGAAAAGCGGGCAGAGGAAGGCGCUCGUAACCAAGGCUGUCAACAAGAAAGCGCAGCCAGCGGCCGACCCGGUAGCCGCUGCAAAACCAAAGACGAAGAAGGCCCUUGCAAAAGUGGUCGACAGUAACAACAUCGAAGCCACUCCUAGGGCACGGCGGACACAUUCGAGAAAGGAUAUCGUAGAUUCACCCAAGACUGUUCGAAAGUCAGCCGCGGUCAAACCAUCAGCACCCAUCCUGCCCUAUGAGUCAACGCCGCCACCACUGACUCAGCCGAACGGCCGAGCAUCUCGACGAGCGGCGCAAGCAGCGCGCAUGGCCAUCGAAGACUACGAUUUCACUGACAGGGACGUGACUCCGCGCCGCCCUGUCCCUACCAAGUCGUACUUUGUCGAAAAGGCUCGGCAGCUGGCGGAGCUCGCCUUGCAGGAGGAGCAGGAGCGACAGCAGUCCAAGGCAAAGAAAGCCCCUCGCAGUAGCAAGGCAACAACAACCAUCGCACGCUGCAAUGCAGGAAACGCACGAAAGUCCAUGGCCGUACGGCCACGACAGACGCUGGCAGUAGGCUCGACAUUGACGUCAGCGAUCGCAGUCUCAGACUCGUCCCUAUCCUCGACCACCGGUGUUUCCGACUCGUCUUUCGAGGAUGGAGGCACCAGUCACUCUUCCUUCAGCCUGGUCACCCCCAGCAGCGACGAAUCGGGCUCCUCGACACGCAAACCAUCAUCUGCAUCGGCAAAGUCCAAGGUUAAGCAAAACAAACGAGCCACCCGACGCAUUGCAGCUUCGAGCGACGACGAGGAAGAUGCCAGACAAGGCUCGGACGACGAGAGCGAUCCAGACCCGGCGCUGAGACUCGCUGCCCAGGUGGCCGACUUGGCCGUCUCGGACGAAGACGAGGCGAAGCAAAGUGACGAGCACCUCUCGGACUUGCUCGCCUCAGUCUCGCAGACAAAGCUCGAAGCUUUCUCCAAUGUAAUCCAGCGAUUGCGUUCCAGUGCGAGCUCAAAUAAGUCGACAACAUCUGCGCGUCGUCGGCUUGAAAAGAUUGGAGAGGCAAGCUACAGCGAGGUGUUCAAAAUUUACACCCCUUCAGCUGCACAAGCUGACCAGGAGCAAGAAGCAAUCGUACUCAAGAUCAUCCCCAUCUCCAGCAGCAGCGGCAAGCACGACGACGAUCUGGACCUUCCCUGCACCUCUCCCGCCGCCGACGUCGAACGCGAGAUCCGCCUGAUGCAGCUCGUUGCCCGCGAGUCCGCCGCUUCCGCUUCCAAUUCUUCCUUCGUCACGCUUCGUGGCGCACACAUUGUUCGCGGAGCAUACCCAGCUGCGCUGCUGCAGGCAUGGGAUCGAUGGGACGCCAAGCGUCGCGCAAAGACGGGCGAAGGUGCGGAGAACGUUCGGCCUGACAUGCUCGGUAGGCAGCAGGUGUACGCUCUGCUGGUGAUGUCGGACGGCGGGGUGGAUCUGGAGAGCUUGAGGGUGAAGACGUGGGUGCAGGCGGCGAGCAUCUUUGGGCAGGUGGUGCACGGGUUGGCCGUGAUGGAGGCCAGGUGCACGUUUGAACAUCGCGACCUGCAUUGGGGGAACAUCCUCGUGCAGGGGGUUGAGCGAGCGGCAGCCUCCAGAAACGAUGCUGCCGAUGGAGACGCAGCAAAGUGGUUGGUCGACCCGAGCGUAUCAGGCGUCAAAGCGACGAUUAUCGACUUUACGCUAUCCCGUGCUUCGACAGUGGCGGCCAAAGGUCGAGCUAGGAAAGCCGAGGUACUCCUGUACUACCCCUUCGACGACGAGUCGCUUUUUGAGGGGACUGGCGAUCCGCAGUUCGAAGUGUAUCGCGAGAUGCAGUCCGUCACUCGCGGAGUGUGGCAAGCGUCCUGUCCGGCCACCAACGUACUGUGGCUGCGCUAUCUCGCGCACAAGCUCGUCGACGUCAAGUGCAAAUCCCUCAAGAUACCCAAGCUCUCUCGACAAGCGAAAGGAGGAGACGCCGAUGUAGAGAGAGAAUGGCGGGCGUACACGAUGCUGCAAACAGCAGCGGCUGGACUGGACGAUGCGGUGCAGACGCUGCUCGACCAAGCGAGGGGUCCGAGGAAGGCCGCGAGGAGAGGACGUGCGACUACGGCUGUGACUCCUCUUAUAGAGAAAGGGGAGGAGCACGAGGUGAGAGUAUUGGGAUCGGCACAAGAGCUGAUGUCAUUGCUCGAUCCGUGA